ACCUUAAUUGUUUCCCGCCAGAAAUGGAAGGCCACGAGUAGAAGUCUAGAACGGGGUAGUUUCAUUUUCUCACAUCCCUGUUUAAACCUCACCAAAAGUCUUUCCCCCCAAAAAAACCUCGCUGUAACCCUAAACCCUAACACAUUUCAAUUCAUCGACGGUAAUCAAUUGCAGAAAUCUGAACCAGGUAUUUCUUUGUUUCCUUUCCUUAGGAAAACAUGUCAGGGCCGUCUAGGGUUAACAGAACUGACGAGGAACGAGCAGAAGAUGCCCGCCAGGGAUUAGCAAAGUUGAUAUGUUAUCAUAACAUGGCACCACACACGAUCUGUGGUGGAGCUUUCUUAGAUAUUAUUCGUUGGCUCAACCCGAACAUGGUCCCAUCCUUUAAGUUUGAGAUCCUUGAGCAUAAUUGCUUGAAAUUAUAUAAGGAAGAGCAAUGUAUCGCGAAGGAAUCUUUCUCAAAACUUGCUGGACAAAUCAGUCUCUCGGUGGAUUUACUUGUUCACGAGAAGCAAGGGGAUCAAUAUCUUUGCUUAGGUGCUCAAUUCAUUGAUGCUGAUUGGAAACUACGAAAAUGGGUUAUUAAGUAUUGUGGUGUUUCCAAUAUGAAUAUGGACCUGCCAUCUGAAGCCAUUUUGAAGUCUCUGAAAGAGUAUGACAUUGAGACCAAAAUACUCUCUUUGACUGCUGUAGGAACAGGUGGCUUGGCUGAUACUGUGAAAGAAAAUGUGCAAGAACGGUUGAAGCUCCCAAUGAAUGGUCAAUUGUUUCAUGUGCAAUGUAGUUGUGAUGUCAUAAGCCGUAUGGUUAAGAAAGGAUUCGAGGAGGUUGAUGAAAUCGUUGACAAAGUUCAGUUGUUAGGUUGGUCCAAAUCACCGCCUUUAUGGAAUCUUACAAGCUCUAAGCUUUCAGAGGCUUUAAGAAAAUUUUCUAAGAAGGGACGGGAAAAAGUCAAGAGGGUUUGCAAAAUUGCAGACAGAAUUUAUGAAAUCACAAAAGGAUUAUUCGAGUUUAAGAGGCCAACACCUAAUCUGUUUCUACCACACCUUCAGGAGAUUCGGGCUUACCUUGUUCAAGAGUCGGCCAGUUCAGAUGCAUUUGUUAGGCUUGUGGCACUGAAAAUGCUCGAGAUCUUGAAUAAGUACUGGGAUGAUAUGUCUUUAGUGCUUUCAAUUACUGCAUUUCUGGAUCCACGUUACAAAAGGAAUUUCCUAGAGUUUUGUCUGUCUGAGUCGUGUGCAACCACUAUUUUAGAGAACAUUCGCAAGGUAUAUGAUGGCUACGCGGUGCAAUGUGAUCAAAAGGAGUAUCUGUUGAGCGAUUCAAGUACUGAGUCAGGGGAAGAUGAUGAUGAGGAUGGCGAUGAGGAUGAGAAAAGGUCUAGAAGACAUUCCAAUAAAAAACUUCGUAAUAGUCGUCUGAAAAACCUGAAUGUAGUAAAAGAGUAUUUACAGUCAGUGCAAUCUAUGAAUGAUGAAUCUCAAUGGUCAGAUUUGGAUUUGUAUCUUGAAGAGCCGGUCUUACCAUGGAUGGAGGACUUCAGCGUGUUGCACUGGUGGAAAGAAAACGGGUUCAAGUAUCCUCAGCUUUCUAGGAUGGCUCGCGACUUCCUAGCUAUUCCUCUGUCUGUUGCGACUGGCUCUGAUGCAUACUACACUGAGCGAAGGGAAGCUGAUUGGAGAUUGUUGUCUUUGAAACCUGAACUGAUGAAUGCCUUGAAGUGCACUAGGAGCUGGAAAUUUGGUUAUGUAAAAAGUAAUAUAAGCUCCUCCGAGGCUCAACAGGACUUUUUUGCGGCACUCAUGAGAUCAUGAGUGGAGCUAGGACUCUGAGUUUUAUGCUAGGAGAGUGCAGGUAUAGAAUGAUGAUAAUCUUCUAGUCUAUGGAACUUUUAAGUUUUUUUUACUUGACAAUGUGAACUGUAGUUGGAAGUAAGGACUUCUGCUGAUUUUUUUUUUAAUUGGUAGGAAAUUAACUACUUGUAUCAAAUCAAACACGAUUUAGCUGAAGUUUUUGUAUUGGCAUUGUAGAUAUUGAUAUGUCUUGCCAGUUGCCACUGUUAGUUGAUAUUGAAGCUUA